AUGGGGAGAGCCGAUCCAGAGGAAGGGCAGCUCCCAGCUCCUGUGAAGCCUCCAGAUGGCGGCUGGGGCUGGGUUGUGCUCCUCGGCUGUUUUGUGAUCACUGGCUUCUCCUACGCUUUCCCGAAAGCAGUCAGUGUCUACUUCAAGGAGCUCAUGAAAGAUUUCCAUGUGGGCUACAGUGAUACGGCCUGGAUCUCCUCCAUCAUGCUGGCCAUGCUCUACGGGACAGGACCAGUAUGCAGCAUUAUGGUGAACCAGUUUGGCUGCCGUCCUGUGAUGCUCAUUGGCGGGCUGCUGGCUUCCUCUGGGAUGAUCCUGGCAUCUUUUACCACCAAUAUCAUUGAGCUUUAUUUGACGGCUGGUGUGCUGACAGGUCUGGGUAUGGCAUUGAACUUCCAGCCCUCCCUAAUCAUGUUGGGCACCUACUUUGACAAACGUCGGCCUCUUGCCAAUGGACUGGCUGCUGCUGGGAGCCCUGUCUUCCUCUCCUCUCUCUCUCCACUGGGUCAAGUGCUACUAGAGAAGUUUGGUUGGAGAGGAGGUUUCCUCAUCAUGGGGGGUCUACUGCUUAACUGCUGCACGUGUGGAGCAGUCAUGAGACCCCUGGAGAUGGGCAUGAAGCGGAAGAUGGAGAAGGUCCAGGACAAAUAUGAAGCCAAGGAGAUGCUGCCUAUGGGAGGGAAGUCAGAGGAGGGCAUCAGCACCACUGAUGGAACCAAGAAAACCAAGAAAGCCAAGAAGAAGUCCAAGAAAGGAAAAAAGCUGCUAGAUUUUAGCAUCUUUUCCAACCGAGGGUUUGUUAUUUACACCAUCUCGAAGUUCAUCCUAGUCUUGGGUCUCUUUGUGCCUCCUAUAUUGCUGGUCAACUAUGCUAAGGACACAGGAGUACCAGACACAGAGGCUGCAUUCUUGCUUUCCAUCAUUGGGUUCAUAGACAUCUUUGCCCGUCCAGCCUGUGGCAUGGUGGCAGGGUUGAAGUGGGUCCGCCCUCAUGUGGCCUACUUGUUCAGCUUUGCUAUGCUCUUCAAUGGCUUGACAGACAUCUGCAGCGCCAGGGCCAGCAAUUACACAGGGCUUGUCAUCUUCUGUGUCUUUUUUGGCAUCUCUUAUGGCAUGGUGGGGGCACUGCAGUUCGAGGUACUCAUGGCCAUUGUUGGUUCCCAGAAGUUCUCCAGUGCCAUUGGGUUGGUCCUACUUAUUGAAGCUGUUGCAGUGCUCAUCGGUCCACCCUCUGCAGGCCGCUUGGUCGAUGCUCUCAAGAACUACGAGGUGAUCUUCUACUUGGCUGGCUCUGAGGUGGUGCUCUCAGCUCUCUUUCUGGCUAUGGCCACUUACUGCUGCCUCAACCGGGGGAAGAAGAAGGCAACUCCCCCAGCGAAGUCCCCCUCAGCAGGUGGUGGGAGUGACACCGAGGAAGCAGAGUCUGACGUGCAGGAAGCUGAGGAGCACAGCAGCGACAACCACCACCAGCCAACCCACAGCACUGAUGAUGCCAUGGCAGUGGCCAGUGAGGAGGCGAACCAUGUGGCAGCAGAAGAGCAGAGUGGGGAGGGAGGGGGGUGUCCCGAGGGGGAUGGGGAGGUGAUGGCACGAGCCACCUGCAACACUGACCAGAUGGUGGAGCGGGACAGCUUUUAG